ACGCGCCCCCGUCCACGCCUCCCCUUUACGCGCCCCGCUGUGAUUGCUGUGUGCGCUCUGCGUGCCUGGCCUGCCGGUGCUGCAUGCGUGUGUGGACGGAGAGAGAGAGAGAGGAGGUGAGGGAGCCGUGUUCGGUGGCUUAUCCUCGUCCUAUGCGGAUUUCAGCGCAGACUGUCGGCCCGAGCGGCUCGCAUCAUCCGGGGCAGGCCGAGGAUGUAAGACAUCCCCGUUUAGAGGAUUCCUAAAAGCGGCACUCUUCAAGUCACGCUUGCCGGAGGAAGAGGAGGAGAAGGAGGAGGAAGAGGAGGAGGGGAUAAUUGUGGUUGCCCUGCUUAGCACAUCCCAGCGGACUGGAUAUUAUCGACGCUGGAGAGGGAAAGAGCAGAGAGGCGAGGAUGGUCCGUGGACAAGGCGAGAGAUGAGCAGUGGGCAUGGGGCAUCCUGUAACUCCUGACAGAGAAGAGGAGCCGUCACUGGCAUAGCUACCUCUCCUCUGUCCAUCCACGUUUCAUCUUUUCUCCUCCCCCUUUUCUUAAUCUGUUGAGCGUUUGUUUUUGUUUUUGUGCUCUCUCUCUCCCCUCCACAUCCUCCAUCAGCUGUCACCAUGACAACCUCAGCGCUGCGCCGGCAGGUGAAGAAUAUUGUGCACAACUAUUCAGAAGCGGAGAUCAAGGUUCGUGAGGCCACCUCCAAUGAUCCAUGGGGUCCUUCGUCGUCUCUCAUGUCAGAGAUCGCUGACUUGACCUUCAACGUGGUGGCAUUUGCUGAGGUGAUGGGCAUGGUGUGGAAACGCCUCAAUGAUAGCGGCAAGAACUGGAGACAUGUCUACAAGGCCCUGACUCUGCUGGAUUACCUGCUGAAGACGGGAUCAGAGAGAGUAGCCCAGCAGUGCCGUGAGAACGCCUUCACCAUUCAGACGCUCCGCGACUUCCAGUACGUGGACCGCGACGGCCGAGACCAGGGGGCGAACGUGAGGGAAAAAGCUCGCCAGCUGGUGUGUCUCCUCCGGGACGAGGAGCGACUCCGCCAGGAGAGGAGUCAGGCCCUGAAGACCAAGGAGCGAAUGGCUGGUGGAGGCAGCGGAGGUGGCAGCGGUGGAGGCGGAGGAGUGUACGGAGGCAUACCGCCAUCUUACCACCCGGGUAGACGGACGAGUCAGCCGAGCAUGGCGGUGCUGUACGGGGAGGAAUUCAGCCGCUCCAGAGGCUCCCCGUCCUCCUUCAACUCCUCGUCCUCGUCUCCUCGUGCCGCCUCAGACCUGGAGCAAGCUCGGCCUCAGACCAGCGGGGAGGAAGAGCUGCAGCUCCAGCUGGCCUUAGCCAUGAGCAGGGAGGAGAGUCAGAAGGAGCAGCGCUGUCGCCAAGGAGACGAGUCGCUGCUACAGAAGGCCCUGGAUGAGAGCCGGAGAGAGAGCCAGUCAGGGACAUGCGAGUCCGCCAUGUUGGACCUGGUGGACAUAUUUGGUCCCUCGUCCGAGCCCCCUCCUGCCCCCAGUGACCCUUGGAGCUCUUCUCAGCCCACGUCUAACAUCGCCUCCGACCCCUGGGACUCUGUAGCAGUCCACUCCAGCACUCCUGUGAUUGGAAGCCCCUGGGCGGCCCCUCCCUCCUCCUCCUCCAACACGUCCAACCCUUGGGCUCCAUGUGCCAACUCACGUACGGGCCCCUGGGAAGCGGCACCCAGUCCUGUUAAUAAUGCGUGGGACAGCCCAACAGAUGGAGACGGUGGCGGAACAGAUCCAUUCGUUGAACAGGAAGAGGAGAAGCCAAAAGAGGAGAUUCCCCGAGUGUCUUCCCCUCAACCUGCCAGUCCCACAGAUGCAGAGUUGUUUGGAGGAAAGCCAGAGUCUGACCUCUUUUCGGGACUAGACUCCAAGCCAGAUCCAUUUGGAACGGAGCCACCAGUAAAAUCCCUGGUAAACGGACGGGAGUCGGCCAGCCCGGAGAUGUUUGACUUGUCCCGACUGGCACCCCCACUCAGCGCCCCAGCCACACGCGUGUGUCGGACUCCAGAGGCUUUCCUGGGACCUACGGGGGCCUCGCUGGUCAAUUUAGACACUCUAAUUCCCUCCAACCCCCCUAGCAAGACGCACAAUAACCCCUUCCUCUCAGGUCUGAGUGCACCAUCUCCCACCAAUCCCUUCCACUGCGACCAGCCUCGUCUCACCCUCAACCAAAUGCGUCCAGCCUCCACCUCCCCGCUGCCCCCUCAUAUGUUGUCCUACAGCCCGUCGCUGCCCCUUCCUCUGCUCCACCAGCCACCCAUCAUCCCCUCUUCCCUCACGCAGCCUCCUGCUGGACUCCUGGACCUUCCCUCGAACCUCCCACAGCCCCUGCUGCCCCUCUCCCCACGACCAGCGCCCCGCACUCAGUCACAGACCCAGACACACAGCCACAACCCCUUUCUCUGAGACUCCUGCAUCCUUCAAGCACUGGUCUGCAGAGGGAGACGACAGAACGGACUCUUUUAUUGGAUCAAUCUAUGCUAACUACAGUGAGACUAGUUUUAAAUGAGCCUGAAUCGGAUCCAGGUCUGAUGUCAUCGUGCACACUUGAAGGGGAUAAAAGUCGGACAGGAUGUAUUUGUGUCUGUCUAAAGACACAUCAGCUGCUAUAUAACCUGAACUCGUGAAGAAAAGCUCACUCACGCACACACACUCAAACAUGCACUCAGGCGCACUUCAGGGUGCAUAGACAAAUAUGUACACACCAAACUAACAGGGUGAAUCUCAACAGUCCCUCCAAAGCCUUUUCCCCAUCAACAGUGACAACUCAGAGCACCCUUUGACUUUUCCUUUAGAAGAUUGGGAUGAAGCCACACACCUUGAUUGUCCACCAAGAUUCACCAGGAUCCUUACUGCUGCUGCUGCACCGACCAAAGCAUGAAUGCAUCCCAACCCCAGGACUCCAAACUAUUCUAGUCUGCUGAACACCUGAUAUGAGUUCCUCAAAUAUUUCCUCUUUUUAUGAUGAGUCAAACAGUAUUUUGAGCUUUCUCUGUCACGGGAGAAGGUCCAACAUUGUGUUACUGUAAGAUUCCAGAAAUCAUACAGCUCUGUUCAAGAACUAAUCGACUCCUUCCUACAUAUACAUGAUGAUAUCUAUUUUGCAAUGCCUUGUUGCCUUGCAAAGCUCAAUAGCAUCUGGUCCGAAGUUAGCUCAGUUAUUUGUCUUUCAAGGCAAGUAGCCCCAAAAGGAUCCAGGUGGAUUCAAAACUGGACUAAACCAGCCUAAGCUAGACGUCACUGUCUCAAUCUGGACCUAAACUGAAUGAUUGUACCCUAUCGGACGCCCGUGCCUGUCUCUUCAGCUGACCCACAAUGCAUUCGUGGCUGGUUUUUGUUGGCACCGUUUAGGAGGACCUCAGGGAGACCGCUCUGUCCCUCCUCCAAUCAGAUUAAACUUUAGUGGAUGGAAAGGCAUUUAUGGACAGAAAAAAAAUCACAGGGAGAUCAGCGACUUUGAAAAUGUGGUAUGAAGAGAACAGGUAAGAGGAGGAGGGAGGUUUGGAGGAAAUCUGAAUAGAAAUGAGGUGAAAUGAUUCCAGAUGAUAAACUGAUGUUCUGCGCAGUAGCUCCUCUUCUCUGCUCCUUGUUCAUUGCUGAAUUAGGAAAGAAAAAAUCUGAGAAGAACCAGAGAAGAUGUUUGGUCAUCACUGCACUGAACCUGGACUUGAAUGUGAAAUGCCUGCCUAUAGAUACACACAGGCUUAGUACAUAUGUAUUUAAUAGAAUGAUAUCGCUGUAUUACAAAGUAUUAUAUCAAUAAAUGGAUGGUGUUUACAUUA